AUGUCAUUUAAAACAAAUGCAACUAUUACUCAAUUUGGAGGUAUUUUACAUAAAUUAUCUCAUGAUUCAACUUUAACCAAAACCCCAAUGGAUGUCAAUGUUUUCAUCCCACCCAUUAAUCCUAAUGCCACCAAAGAGAAAAUCCCGGUAUUAGUUUAUCUUUCUGGAUUAACUUGUACACCACAAAAUGCUACUGAAAAAUCAUUUUUCCAAUAUUGGGCUAGUAAAUAUGGAUUUGCUAUUAUUUUCCCUGAUACAUCACCAAGAGGAGCAAAAAUUGUUGGUGAAGAUGAUUCAUGGGAUUUUGGUACUGGAGCAGGAUUUUAUGUUGAUGCUACUCAAUCUCCAUGGAAUAAAAAUUAUCAAAUGUAUUCAUAUAUUCAUAAAGAAUUAUUAAAUAAAUUGAGUGAAAAAUUUAUUGAAUUAGAUUUUGAUAAUAAUAUUGGUAUUACUGGUCAUUCAAUGGGAGGAAUGGGAGCAUUAGUUGGAUUUUUAACUCAACCUAAAAAAUAUAAAUCAAUUAGUGCUUUUGCUCCGAUUAGUAAUCCAAGUAUUGUUCAAUGGGGUGAAAAAAAUUUUGGUAAUUAUUUAGGGAUUGAUAAUAAACAAGAUUGGUAUAAAUAUGAUCCUACACAUUUAAUUAAACAAUAUACAAAAAAUCAUGAUUAUUUGCCAACAAUUUUAAUUCAUCAAGGUUUGAAUGAUAAUUUUUAUGUUGAUCAAUUAAAACCAGAAAAUUUUGUUAAAGCAGCAAAUGAAGCAAAUUAUAAAGGUGGUGUUGAUUUAAGAUUGGUUGAUGGUUAUGAUCAUCUGUAUUUUUUCAUUAGUUCAUUUGUUGAAGAACAUGCUAAACAUCAUGCCAAAUAUUUAGGAUUAAUAACUUCUUCUGAAUAG